AUGUUUCUGCGUUACGCGGGGCCGGUGAUUUUGUUGGACACUGGACGCAAAGUUCGUUUGGGUCGACAGAUUGCCGAGGGAGGAUUCAGUUUUGUGUUUGAAGCCACGGACGCGCAAGACACGAGUAGCCCAGACGUAGUCCACCGCUACGCACUCAAGCGCAUUCGUUGUGGCGAUACCGAAAUCCUGGAAUCCUGUCGACAUGAAGCUCGGGUACAUCGAGCAAUCCGUCAUCCCAACGUCAUGCCCUUGUUGGGCAUGGCGAUUACGGUGGAUCGCCAGAAUCGCGAUGCUUCGCUCUGUUACAUGCUCUUUCCAUACUACCCCUGGUCUUUGCGCCAGCAAGUCAAUCAACGUGUCUUUCAUUCCAAAAGUCGUCGACCUGACGUAGCACCUUGGAAGGAACUUGACGUACUCGAGAUAGUUUACGGCAUUGUACGCGGAACUAGGGCUCUCCACGAAGCUGGAUUUUCGCACCGGGAUAUCAAACCGGAGAAUGUACUAUUGCCGGAAAACCGUACGUCGCGAUCCUUUUCGUCAAAGGAGAACACGUGGCAACCAGUAUUGAUGGAUUUCGGAUCCGCCGGUCCGUUGCGACAAUCAUUGCGGAAUCGGAACGAUGUAUUGAUGCUGGCCGAGAAUGCAUCUAUGCACACGACAAUGCCGUAUCGUCCACCGGAGCUUUUGGAAGGAGCGGUUCGUGUCGGGGAUGAGGACAUUGACUUUGCGGCAGUGGACGUAUGGAGCGUGGGAUGCACGCUCUUUGCCAUUCUGUUUGGCGCGUCACCGUUGGAAUCCGAGUUCAACCAAAGGGACGGGUCCCUCCGUGUGGUGGACUGUACGCAACUUUCUAUUCUAAAGCCGGUACCGAUGCCACCUUUGCAACUGAGUUGUGGGUCCUGGUAUUCCGCGGACAUACUGACACUGGUGGUGGACAUGCUGGUGCAAGAUCGUCACGCUCGACCAACUCUAGCAACCGUGACAUCCCGGCUUGAGCAGUUGAUUGAAAGC